AACCCAUCGAACUGAUUUAGCUGCAGUGUACGAAAGACCGCUUUUGAACAAGGAAGCUAUUCCUGUACAAGCGGAGCGGCAAAGGAAUACUUUCAUUCUCAAAAAGCCUUUCUACUAUUGUUUUACACCAAGGAAUAUAUCAGAUGAGGACCUUUAAGUUCACGCUUUUAGGCGUCUUUUUUUGUCUCCAGGCUUUUGCGCCUGGGUCAUCAAAGGAGUCGGCAUGUCGGCCGGGUUUCGAAGCAGACAUGUUGAUUUUCAAAGUGGAGCGAAGGCUUCUCCAACAGGGCAGAGUCCUGGGCAAAGUGGGGUUUGACGACUGCACAGGACGGAAGCGCUUCUGGUUUAACACAGAGGACAAGCGCUUCAGGGUGGAGUCUGAUGGCACUGUAAAGGUGAAGCGGCAGGUGGCUCUUCACAGCGAGCACAAGGAUUUCUCCAUCCACGUCUGGGACUCACUGGGCAGGAAGAUGACCGUCACUGCUAGGGUGGUGCUGCAGGCCAGGGAGCACCAUGGUCACGGUCACCAGGACCCCCAUGGUCACGGUCACCAGGACCCCCAUGGUCACGGUCACCAGGACCCCCAUGGUCACGGUCACCAGGACCCCCAUGGUCACGGUCACCAGGACCCCCAUGGUGAAGGUCACCAGGACCCCCAUGGUCACGGUCACAAAGACCACAGUGGGCCCAACAACCAGGACCACCAUGGUCACAAGAACCAUAAAAUCCAUCACGACAGCCACCCUAUUCAUCUGAAUCAGACACCUGAGGAGGUGCAGCCCAUUGAUUUGGCCUCUGCAACUCCUAAACAGGCUCCAGAAAGUUCCAGAGAGCACCUGCCUGUGCUGUUCUUUCCCAAGGCCCGGCCAGGGCUAAACAGGCAGAAGAGGGCCUGGGUCGUCCCUCCGAUCAACUUCCCGGAGAACGACAGAGGACCCUUUCCUAAGCCGAUGGUGCAGAUCCGGUCAGACAGCGAUAAGGAAGCACCGGUUCAGUACCAAAUUCAAGGCCCAGGAGCAGAUCAGCCCCCUGAGAAACUGUUCACCAUCGACAGGAAUACUGGAUGGCUGUACGUGACCAAGCCCCUGGACAGAGAGAAGCAGGACAAGUACACGCUUAAAGCUAUUGCCAAAACUGGAGAUGCUCCAGCUGAGGCCCCCAUGGACAUCAUCAUCAAUGUCAUAGACAUGAAUGACAACAAACCUGUCUUCCCUCCGGAACCCUUCCGAGGAAAUGUCCCUGAAGCUUCCAGUACAGGCUUUGAGUUCAUGAAGGUGGAGGCCACAGAUGCGGAUGAGCCUGGCAAUGCCAACUCAGAUAUCUUCUACACAAUCCUGAGCCAGGACCCCCCUCUACCCAACGCAGACAUGUUUGACAUCAACCCUGCGUCUGGGCAAAUCAGAGUCCAGUCUCAAGGCCUGGACAGAGAGAAAUACCCCAAGUACACGCUGAAGGUCCAGGCUGCUGACAUGAAGGGUAAUGGGCUGAUAGGCAUGGGAGAAGCCAUUAUCACUGUCACCGAUAGCAACGACAACGCACCUCAGUUUGAGCAACCUACCUACACUGCUGAGGUGCCAGAGAACAUGCUGGGUGCCGAGGUGGUGAAGAUGCAGGUAACCGACCUGGACGACCCCCACUCUGAGGCCUGGACUGCUGUGUUCCGGAUCGUGGACGGAGACCCCGACAACCGCUUUAAUGUCACAACCGGACCCAGCAAGCAGGAGGGGAUUAUUACCACAGUCAAGGAGCUGGACUUUGAGAGGGUCAGCCGGUAUACUCUGUUAGUUACCGUGGUGAACGCGGUGCCCUUCGCCUCUCCCAUGCCCACGGCUACGGCCACGGUGGUGGUGACAGUGAAGGAUGUGAAUGAGGCUCCUGCCUUCAGCCCAGUGCAGAAGCUGGUGGUGAAGAAGGAGGACCUGGCUAAAGGCAGUGAGCUGACCGUCUACACUGCCACCGACCCAGACACGGCACGCAAGCAGACCAUCACGUAUAAGAUCCAGAAUGAUAUGGCCGGCUGGCUGAGCAUAAAUAAGGACAACGGUAAAAUCCUAGUAAAGAACGAAAUGGACCGGGAGUCUCAUUUCGUGGUCGAUGGCAAAUACACGGCACUCAUUGCGGCCGUUGACAACGAUGAUAUCCCGGCCACAGGAACAGGCACACUGCUGAUCCAGCUGGAGGAUGUGAAUGACAACGCCCCCAUCAUCAUGGAGCGCUCCAUCAGGAUCUGCAACAAAGAUUCUGUGUCCCAUGUGCUGUCUGUCACUGACAAGGACGGCCCGACCUUUGCCGCCCCCUACAAAGUCUUCCUGCAGGGCCAAUCUAAAGACAACUGGACUGCAAGCAUGAACGACACCCAGACGGGCAUCAUCCUGUCCCUGACCACCUCUCUUGCACAAGGGGACUACACAGUGGUUCUGAGGGUGGCGGACAACCAGGGCCUGGAGCAGGACAGCACUCUUACGGCCACAGUGUGCGACUGCACCGGGGCUGAUGUCCAGUGUUCCCUCCUCAGAGAGGCCGGUGUGGGCCUUCCAGGCAUCCUGGGGAUCUUGGGAGCCAUACUGCUGCUGCUGUUGCUGGUGCUGUUGUUGCUGAUGUUCAUGAGGAGAAGGAAAGGAGAGAAGAAGGAGCCUCUCCUGCAGGAGGACGAUAUCAGAGACAACAUUUACUACUAUGACGAGGAGGGAGGCGGAGAGGACGAUCAGGACUAUGAUCUGAGCGUGCUCCACCGUGGCCUAGACAACCGCCCUGACGUGUUCCGGAACGAUGUGGAGCCCACCCUCACGUACGCCCCCACGUACCGGCCCCGCCCUGCCAACCCUGAAGACAUCGGCAACUUCAUUGUAGAUAACUUGAAGGCAGCAGACAAUGACCCCACAGCCCCUCCCUACGACUCUCUUCUGGUGUUUGACUAUGAAGGUGGAGGCUCAGAGGCAGGGUCUCUCUCCUCCCUCAACUCCUCGUCUUCUGACGGAGACUAUGACUACGACCUGAUGCAGGAGUGGGGCCCGCGCUUCAAGAAGCUGGCCGACAUGUACGGGGGAGGGGAGGAGGAAAUGCUCUAGUUACUACAACACACGUACAACCUCAUGUUGGCUGGUACAUGGCGCGUACAUUGCUCUAGAUGUGAACGCGUAUGGGUGUGCACACACACACAUUUUGCCUACUGCAUAACACACUGUCUUGCUUUCUCUUUCUGCUUCCGCCCUCUACAUCACUUCUUGGGGUGGGACAUAAGAGGCACAUUUAGUCUGGGCAGUUGUCAUGGAAACCCAUCUGUUUGCUGUCUGUUCAGAGUACCUGCUCUUCAGGUAGGGUGGGUGAUUUGGAGAUUGAGCUACGUAAUGGGACGGUCCUUAGCCCAGAAAAUCAUUCUGAACCUCAACCCACUCUGUACUUUGCUACUUGGCCCAGUUGAUGAAUUUGUAUUGUGUUCCUUAUGUUUAUCUUACCAAGUUUCAUUUUGUAUAAACGUGGAUGUGAAUAUUGGGAGGUUUCAAAACCAUCUUCAGGUUGCUCAACAAAUGUUUUUUUUUAAGGUUUGUGAAGCAACUUUUUCCUAAGAAUUGUCUCCUUUUUUAACCCUGAUUGAACGCGGCAUGUGCUCCUGAAGAUGCAAUCGUUAUGAUUUUUGUUUUUAUACCAUGAUGGAUGUAUCUAUUGUACAAUGGUCAAAUUGAUGUGAAGAGUUUAAUUAAAUAUAUUGAACUAA